AUGGCGCCCGAACUCUCUGAAAGGCGUUACCUCGUUGAAAACAUCGAGGAGGAAAUUGAAGAAUGGUGCAGUCUUGAGUACGAGCACAUCUGCCAAGUCAUCGGACCAGAGCGAGUCAUCUUCGCCAACAUUCUGGAAAGUGACAUUCCGGACGUCAGGAAAAAAUACAAUGCGAAGUUUCUCACAGCUUCGAUUGGCCAAUUGAAGGACGACUUCGCGUGGGACAAAGCCGUCUUACUAGACAUGGACGCCGAAGAAACCUUGGCACCUGAAGACGCAGAGAAGUUCCAGCUUUGUGUUUUUGGAGGCAUCCUCGGGAAUGUUCCUUCUGAUGAUCGAACAGCGGAGGUCCGGAAGCACGACCUCCAACAUUCACGAAAUCUAGGACCAGAGCAAAUGACGACGAAUACGGCAGUCUUGGUGACGAAAAUCAUCCUAGAAGAUCGGGUUCCACUUUCGGAUAUCCCAUUCGUCGACGACCCCGAAAUACCCGUGGAUGACAGGGGCUGCGAGACUGUCUCUCUUCCGUUCCGUUAUGUCGCCACGAGCUACUACACCAAAAACAGUGCUGACAGAGAGACUCCGGUUCUUCCAGAAGGCAUGCUCGAAUAUUUGCGAGAUUCAGGGGGCUUCAGUCUGGAGUAG